AUGUUCUCCAUUUCAGCAUGGGAUUGGGAAGGCACGGCACGUGGUUUCGGGAUCUCCUACGUGACGCUCGGGACUUUGGCGAUCCUUCUCAAUUCGAUAUUCCUCUACUCACUUCUCGCAAGACGACGAAAAGCCUUCUCACAUGCUUUCUACAUCAUGAUACUUGAUUUCACCAUCAUCGACACUAUCAAAGGUGUCUCCUCAAUAUUGUUUGCUAUCAAACUACUGAAAACAGACCUGAAUUCUGACCAGUCUUUAUUAUCAAUUCGGGUCGAUCAAUACAGUGGCGUGCUGUUACGAGACGCUAUUUACAGGAAACGGGUUGUUUUGGUGAUCGUGUGCAUUUGGAUUUUCUCUUCAUUGAUGACAUUUGCCAAUAUGGUAGCUGGUAUUCAGAAUCGUAGUCUAUGGAUCGACGAUGAAUGCACUCAAGACGGUAAGGUUACUGACAUCACGUCCAUCUCCUUGUUCUAA